AUGCUGGCUGAAAUAGUCGUAUUUUCAAUUCGUUGUGGUCCGCGCGAAGUUCCGCCAGUUCUGCCCAACUUGGUCCGUGGAUUGCCGUGGUGGAGAGGUAUGCUGUCGCGCAAGGGGCAUGGAGCUUCCCAUUUGUUUACCACCCGAAAUCGUUCUGCACCACCAACUUGCAACUUCGCACACGAGCCCGUACGCGGUGAAAGGCCGAACAGGCUUGUUCCUCCCAUGAAAACGUACUCAAGGAAACGGAGAAUAUCUCGACAGGAAAAAAAAAGAAACAAAAAAGAGAAAAAAAGCCAGUGCAGAAACCCCCCAACGCCUAUCUCCAACCUUUUUGCGUGUGUCCUUUUAGAGCCCCCAAGACGGUUGCUCGAAUCGAGGCUGAAAGUAGAAAAUCAGGUGUAA